UCUUCCCUCCCAUACAACAGACAAGUGUGAAAGUGAACGCUUAAAGGGGAAGAAUAAUGCAUGUUCUAUUAUGUGUUGUUAUGAUGGUUCCAAUUGCGUUAUAUCAUUAUGUGCAGGAGCUGGUGAAACUUUUCAUUCCGAAAAAGAAAAAAUCUCUGACCGGAGAGAUUGUUCUGAUCACUGGAGCUGCCCAUGGACUUGGAAGGGAAAUGGCUUGUGCAUUUUCCAAGCACCAAUGCAAACUGGUUCUCUGGGACAUCAAUAAGCAGGGUAUUGAGGAAACGGCAGAGGAAUGCAGAAAGCUGGGUGCUGUGGUUCAUACGUACGUGGUGGAUUGCAGGAAAAGGGAGGAUAUCUACAGAACUGCAGCUAAGGUGAAAAAAGACAUUGGGGACAUCAGUAUCUUAAUUAAUAAUGCCGGAGUGAUAGCUACAGGACAUCUUCUUUCAAUCAAGGAUGAACAGAUCCAGAGCAUGUUUGAAGUUAACGCUCUUGCUCAUUACUGGACAGUGAAAGCAUUCCUGCCAGCGAUGUUGGAGAGGAACCACGGCCAUAUUGUCACAGUUGCUUCAUGUGCUGGUUUUGCGGCUGUGCCUUUCAUGGUGACUUAUGCCUCAUCCAAACAUAGUGCUAUUGGAUUUCAUAGGUCUCUGACAGAAGAACUGUAUUGGUUGCGAAAAGAUGGAAUCAAAACAUCAUGUCUGUGCCCCUUUUUUAUUAACACUGGUUUUGUGAAGGAUACACCUACACGAACUUUUCCCCUUUUGGAAACUGAGCACGUUGUCAAUAAACUGAUGGAUGGAAUACUGACAGAUCAGAAAAUGAUUGUCGUUCCACAAGGGUUUAAAUUCUUUUUCUCAAUAGAAAGACUUCUGCCAGAAAGUGUUUUACGAUUUUGUGAAAGGGCUGAAACAGAGUGGGUUAAUAAACACAGAAAUCAGUACCAAAGGAAUAAUCAAAUUAGCUGAUGACUAGCAGCAGUGUUUGCAGAAGGGAGCAUGCAGCUGACCGGAGCAAUCAGUUUACCCAUUUGGAGAUGUUUGGAAGAUCUUGACUUCUAGAACAAAGAAGCUUUGAACUAGAAGGAUUCAAAAGGAAAUCCAGGAAAUCCAAACUCGCUUUUUAUGGUUGAUGUUGUAUUUGUACAACUUAUGCUUGUCCUUAAUGCUGAUAUGCUGUGGCUGUUAACCAGUCUGAGAUUUAGUAUUUGACCAUACUUCUACCAAUUAAAUCAACUACAUUGCAAAA